UAGAUAAGCAUCGGCUGUCGUCCUCUCAUUUUUUUCUUUCUCCUCUCUCACUUCUCUCCUGUCUCUCUCUCUCCCUCCCUCUGUGAAUCUUGCGCUCUCAUAUAUUUCCACCAAACCUCUCAUUCUUUCAUCUCAUACAUAUAAAAGAGAGUUGAUUUUGAAACUUUGCCGCUCAGUAUCGAACGUUCUCAUUCGUUUUUGGCUGAAGAUUCAUAGAUUUCUGUUUCCGAUUUGUCUCUGAAAACUUUGAUAUUGAACGAGGAAGUUCUGAUCUGGUGCUUAGUAAUAUUUAGAAUCGUUAGAUCCUCUCUCAAACAAACUUGAACUUCAUAUAUCCUCUUCAUUCUCUACCUUAGUCUCGAAUAGAGCUGAUUUGAUUUGAUUUCGCAAGGAUACGAACAAAUUUGUAGAUCGAAGAAACUGAUCUGAUUACUGGGAAGGUCUGAAUCUGAAAGGGAACAUGGCAGAUCAGGUCUUGGAAGGGAGCCAACCGGUAGAUCUUUCCAAGCAUCCUUCUGGCAUUGUUCCUACGCUUCAGAACAUUGUAUCAACAGUCAAUUUGGACUGCAAGUUGGAUCUUAAGGCUAUUGCACUGCAAGCGCGUAAUGCAGAAUAUAACCCUAAGCGUUUUGCUGCAGUAAUUAUGAGAAUAAGAGAACCAAAAACUACGGCAUUGAUAUUUGCAUCUGGAAAGAUGGUCUGUACUGGAGCCAAGAGCGAACAAGAGUCAAAAUUGGCAGCAAGAAAGUAUGCUCGAAUAAUUCAGAAACUUGGUUUUCCUGCUAAGUUUAAGGACUUCAAAAUUCAGAACAUUGUUGGUUCCUGUGAUGUGAAAUUUCCCAUUAGGCUUGAAGGUCUUGCAUAUUCUCAUGGUGCCUUUUCCAGCUAUGAACCAGAGCUUUUCCCUGGCCUUAUCUACCGGAUGAAACAACCAAAGAUUGUCCUGCUCAUAUUUGUGUCUGGAAAAAUUGUUCUCACAGGGGCUAAGGUUAGAGAUGAAACUUACACUGCCUUUGAGAACAUAUACCCAGUUCUUACAGAGUUCAGGAAAAGCCAGCAGUGAUAACCUCCUGCGUACCGCAUAGCUUGUCAUGGUGACUCUUUUGAAGGUGGAAGUUUGCUGCUGUGUUGCUGAGGGUGAAAUCAACUGUAAAUACAUGAUAAAAGAGGCUGAUAUAGCGGGCAUUCAUCAUCAGAUAAUUUAAAUAUGGGGUCUGCGGGAGUUUUUCCUAAAUUUGGUCCUGUUUUGCAGCCCUUCUUUGAGUAUGCAUUGGUGUUACCUGAAGGGGGUCUGACAUAGGUUAGGGGAGAGGUGUAAAAGAUAGACUUUGUUGUAAACAAAUUCUUGGAAGAAUUUUUUUGUUAAUAAGAAACUGGUCGUCUUCAUCUUUUGGG